CAAUUCCUUCCUGUUGCCCUAGUGGCCCUACUUCCUUCCUUCUGGAUGGGGGCCCACGGGGAUGGGGUGGGUAUAAAGGGCCGGGCGGAGAGCACCCAGGCACAAGACGCUGCGCUGCCAGGACUGGGCGACGGACUCUCGUGGACAGGUACGGGCGGCGCUCCCCUCCCACGAAGGGGCCUGGCGAGGUCCGACGGGGGCCCCCUCAGAGUCAGUGGCCUGCCCUCUCCCUCCAGGAGCCUUGGGACUCACCAUCCAAAGGCCAUGCUGCUGUGGCUGACUCUCGCCCUCCUGUGGAGCACCACCUGCUGGGCAAAGCAGAUGUAUGGGGAAGGAGGAGGCAAAUAUUUCAGCACCUCCAGCGACUGUGAAAUCACCGGAAUCCGGGUGGCUGUGGGUCUCCUGGGCCUGGUGAAGAGUAUCCAGGUGAGAUGUGGCGUGUCCUGGAGCACAGAGUUCGGCGCCUCAGGUGGGACUACCCAGGAAUUCAUCCUGCAGCCAGGAGAACACAUCCAAAUGAUCUAUGGCUCCUACAGGGUGUUUAUCCGGUCCCUGAUCAUAUCCACAGAUCAAGGGCGCUAUGCCACGUUUGGGAAGGAAAGUGGCAACACCUUCAUCGUCUCCCCCAGUGAGGACGGGAAGGUGCUCACGGGAAUCUGUGGCCAGCAUAAGCUUUUAGGCCUUUCGGGCCUCUGCUUUGAGUGGGACUACCCUCCAGAGGAUGAGGAGUGGACCACUGAACCAAACAGUACUAGAGACACGCAGUGCUCCAGCUGAGCCAAGGGGGCUGAGAAUAGCUGACUCUGGGCCUCAAAUUGGAAUCUGCCAAUAAAUAAAGCUUCUGCAAGAAUGGUGUGUCCAGGUGUGGUUCUUGGGUCCAGGGUGUGACCAAAGCUUUCCCAGCUGGGGUGGGGAGGGGAGACAAGGCCUCUGGGGUGGAGGUGCAGGGUAAGGAAGGAGCAGGUCCCAUGCCCCAGGCCUCAGGGAUUCUGCCUGGGCAGAUCUUGCAUCUUUGAGGAGUCUGGGCUCCCAGGUCACCCUCCACCCCGCCCUUCCCCCAAGCCCAUCCAGCUGGCCUCUGACAGCCCAGGCUCAGCCCCGGUCUUCUCUGAGUAUGUGACAGGCCUCAGGGAAGCCCAGCCACUCACUUCCUCGCUCGCUCAGCACACAUCUGCCAGGGCCUGGAUUC